GCACUGUGGGUGGGCACAGCACUGGGUGGGUGGGCACAGGUGGGUGGCACUGGUGGGCACAGGUGGGUGGGCACAGGUGGGUGGCACUGCUGGGCACAGGUAGGUGGCACUUCUGGGCACAGGUGUGUGACACUGCAGAGUGGCACAGGUGGGUGCACUGCUGGGCACAGGUGGGUGCACUGCUGGGCACAGGUGGGUGAUCUGCUGGGCACAGGUGGGCGGAGCUAGUGGGCGCACUGCUGGGCCCAGGUGGGUGGAACUUGUGGGUGGCACUGCUGGGCACCGCUCUGACAACUGCCGGUUCUCGGCACGUGUCAUUGGACACCGCUGAUCACGUGGUAAAAGGCCGGU